AUGGACCGUCAUCACCACCACCACCAGCAGCAGCAGCAGCAGCCGCCGUCGCCGCAGGAGGAGCAUGCCGCGCAGCCGCGCUGCUGGGAGGAGUUCCUGCACAGGAAGACCAUCAGGGUGCUGCUCGUGGAGACCGACGACUCCACCCGGCAGGUCGUCACCGCCCUGCUCCGCCACUGCAUGUACCAAGUUAUCCCUGCUGAAAAUGGCCACCAGGCGUGGGCGUAUCUUCAGGACAUGCAGAGCAACAUCGACCUUGUUCUGACAGAGGUCUUCAUGCACGGUGGCCUGUCCGGGAUCGACCUGCUCGGCAGGAUCAUGAACCACGAGGUCUGCAAGGACAUCCCCGUCAUCAUGAUGUCGUCGCACGAUUCGAUGGGCACGGUCCUCAGUUGCCUGUCAAAUGGUGCUGCCGACUUCUUGGCCAAGCCGAUACGUAAGAACGAGCUUAAGAACCUCUGGGCGCAUGUGUGGAGACGCUCUCACAGCUCCAGUGGCAGUGGUAGUGGAAGUGCCAUUCAGACUCAGAAGUGUACCAAAUCAAAGAGCGGCGACGAUUCCAACAACAACAGCAAUAAUCGCAACGACGACGCCAGCAUGGGGCUCAAUGCAAGGGAUGGCAGCGAUAAUGGCAGUGGCACUCAGGCGCAGAGCUCAUGGACAAAGCGUGCCGUUGAGAUCGACAGUCCACAGGACAUGUCUCCAGAUCAGUCAAUUGAUCCGCCUGAUAGCACUUGCGCGCAUGUGAGCCACCUGAAGUCAGAGAUAUGCAGCAACAGAUUAAGAGGUACAGAUAACAAAAAAUGCCAGAAACCAAAAGAAACUAAUGGUGAUGAGUUCAAAGGGAAGGAGUUGGAGAUAGGUGCCCCUGGUAAUUUGAACACAGAUGAUCAGUCCUCCCCGAACGAGAGUUCGGUCAAACCAACUGAUGGACGGUGUGAGUAUCUGCCACAGAACAACUCCAAUGAUACAGUUAUGGAAAAUUCAGAUGAGCCAAUUGUUCGAGCUGCUGACCUGAUUGGUUCGAUGGCCAAAAACAUGGACGCCCAACAGGCAGCUAGAGCCAUAGAUGCUCCUAACUGCUCGUCACAAGUGCCGGAAGGUAAAGACGCCGACCGUGAGAACGCCAUGCCAUAUCUUGAGCUGAGCCUAAAGAGGUCGAGAUCGACCGCAGACGGCGCGGAUGCUGCGAUCCAGGAGGAACGGAGGAACGUUGUGAGACGGUCGGACCUCUCGGCAUUCACGAGGUACAAUACGUGCGCGGUCUCCAAUCAAGGCGGCGCAGGGUUCGUCGGGAGCUGCUCGCCCAACGGCAACAGCUCCGAGGCCGCGAAAACGGACGCCGCUCAGAUGAAGCAAGGCUCCAACGGCAGCAGCAACAACAACGACAUGGGCUCCACCACCAAGAGCGUGGUCACCAAGCCCGCCGGUGGAAAUAAUAAGGUCUCGCCAAUCAACGGCAACACGCACACCUCGGCGUUCCAUCGUGUGCAGCCAUGGACGCCGGCAACAGCAGCAGGGAAAGACAAGGCUGAUGAAACGAGCAAGAAGAAUGCAGCAACCGCAGCCGCAGCAGCGAAAGACAUGAGUGGUGAAGCACAGAGCAAACACCCCUGCGCAGCGGCCCAUGACGCGAAUGGUGGAUCGGCAGGAGGCACUGCUCAGUCCAGUUUGGUCAAUCCAUCGGGUCCGGUUGAAGGUCAUGCUGCCAACUAUGGUAGCAACUCUGGCAGUAAUAACAACACCAAUAAUGGGAGCACCGCAGCUACUGCUGCUGGUGCUGCUGCUGCUGUACAUGCUGAGACCGGUGGCAUCGACAAAAGAAGCAACAUGAUGCACAUGAAACGGGAGCGCCGGGUGGCCGCCGUGAACAAGUUCAGAGAGAAGAGAAAAGAGAGGAACUUCGGGAAGAAGGUGCGUUACCAGAGCCGGAAGAGACUGGCGGAGCAGCGCCCGCGGGUGCGCGGGCAGUUCGUGCGGCAGCCGCCACCGCCGGCUGCCGUGGAGAGAUAA